UCCAAUGAAAUCGCUUGAUCCAAGCCAUGGAUGCGGUUUUCAAUGCUGGCAAGUUCAAGGGCCGAUGGUUCAGUGAUGUGGCAGGCACGGAGACUGCUUUCUGCACCUGGGCCAAGAAGCAGAAAUCGCCUCCAGGCUACUUGCGGUCCUUUGUCGAGUUCUUGAAGAGUGGGAGCAGGCGUGGCCAGCAAUCCCUGGACGCCCAUGUGGUACGAAGCUCCCGCGAGCCACGGCCACCCAGAGCUGUCGAUGCUGAGGUGACCCUGAAGGAAGGCACCGCCAAAAGCGCUGGGAUCCGGUUUGAUUUCACCAUGGAUCUUGAGUUGGUCAGCGCUGAUGAGUUCGACGUGGGCCCAGAAGACGCCAAUGCAGAGGUCCCCUGGACACUGCGCCAAGCGCUCGCCGCGCGCCCGGACGGGCGGGCUGCGCCCAGUGCCAAUCACUGGCGCUUCCCAGCCUCCAGUUACAUAGAUGUCCUCCGGUGGCUGGAGUGGAACCCGGACUUCCGCUGCCGGGUGAAUGGCGUGCCCAGCUGGGUGCUGAAGCACGUCCCUGCCUUCGCCACUGCCGCAGAGCAGGUGAAGGCCACGGCUGCCCUUCGCCUCUCAGCCGCCACUCGCCGUCUCCUGGCCGAGCUGCCGCCGGCGCCGGCGCCAUCCACGCCAGCCGGAUCCAGUGCGCUGUCUGCGCGGAUGUUGCCAUCGGCGGAGGACUUGAAACUUGAUGGGCUGGGUGGCACUCUGCUGCCCUUCCAGGUCGAGGCAGUGCAGUACGGCUUGGCUCGGAAUGGUAGGCUGCUGCUUGGAGACGAGAUGGGCCUGGGGAAGACCGUGACAACCCUGGCAUUGGUGAGGCACUUCAAGGAAUCCUGGCCUUUUCUGGUGGUCGCCCCAGCGCCGCUUUGCAAGCUUUGGCAGGAGCAUGCCUUGGCCUGGCUGAAAGAGGAUCUCAAGCCGCACGAUGUGGUCCUGAUCCGCUUUGCCCAGGACUCGAUACCUUCACGGGCUCGAAUGGUGGUGGUGUCCUACAACCUGAUCAGUGAUCCAAAGUUCCAGCGGAAAGAUGACAAAGACUUUGACCUGGUGAUCUUGGAUGAGUGUCAUUUGCUCCGUGGAAACUCACAGCGCUCCAAAGCUUGCGUGCCCCUGGCGAAGAAAGCCAUGCGAGCGAUACUCCUCACUGGGACGCCGCUGGUGGCACGAACCCAGGAUGCCUAUCCUUUGCUGGAUGCGCUUUUCGAUCUUUGUACCCCCACGGAUUUCGCCCAGCGCUAUGCGCCGAGCACGUCCUCCCGAAAUCAGGGCCGGUCUGCACGGCUCAAUGAGCUUCACGUCCUCCUGGGUGCGGCCAUGCUUCGCAGGACCAAGGAGAACACUUUGUCCGAACUACCUGCCAAGCGCCGGCAGCGAGUUCUUUUGGAUAUGUCACCGUCUGCUGAGAAGGAAGAUGUGGAGGAAGAGUCUGAGAGGCUUGCAAAGACCAAGUCCACGGCUGUGGCAGAGUACAUGAGCUGCCUGACCUCUGCAGAUGUCCGAUUUCUUGUCUUCGCACAUCACCUGGCGAUGUUGGAUGAGUUGGAGAGCUCUUUGCAGCGAGCCUCAGUCACCUACAUCCGCAUCGACGGAAGCACGCCCAUGGCAGAGCGCUCCAAGUACAUCGAGGCCUUCCAAGCAAAGGAGGCGCAGGUGGCACUGCUUAGUCUCACAGCAUGUUCGCAGGGUUUCACCCUCACCUCUGCCUCUCUGGUGCUUUUUGCGGAGCUUUACUGGGUGCCAGGCGUCCUGCUGCAAGCCGAGGACCGUGCCCAUCGUUUGGGACAGGCCAACAUGGUCAACGUUCAGUACCUCGUGGCCCCUGGAAGCGUAUCCAAGCUGACAGCCAGCCAAGCAUUUUUGUAUUCUGCUGCCAUUUCACGAAAGGUAGCUUCGGCUACCUGAGUCAUUAAGGGCUGACGCCCGACAGCCGGCCACGGGCCCACCACUAGUCGUCGUCGUCGUCGUCGUCGUCGUCGUCGUCGUCGUCGUCGUCGUGGUGGUGGUGGUGGUUGUUGUUGUCGUGGUCGUUGUUGUAGCAGAUGGUUGUGGUUGGUGUCGUUGCGGUCGUGGUUGAGGGGCCCACCACACGAUGCAGGUCAUGCACGCCGGUGCAGCACGCAUUUAUAGAUUUGUGCGUCCGUGUUGGGCAUAUGUUUGGAGCUAUGUUGGGGGUAUUUUGGACCAUUUAUGUUGGCAUACGCAUCAGAUGCGAUUUUUUCCGCCUCGGAACCCCUCACAUGGCCAAGAUCGACUCUGACCCCAUCCAAGCGCACGAAACACUGUAAAAUGCGAUGUUUGUGAACGUCGAACGCAAAAAACACUGUAAAGCACAGGGGGCGGAACCCUGCGCAGUGCCGGGCCCGAUGACGGGCCCCUGGCCGGAUUGGGGGUGGUGAACGGUUCCUGUGCUUGAUUUCGAUGGCUUUAGACAAGGUUUUAAAUGUUGGGGGGCAAUUCGACUCCACCCUGCGCCGCUCAGAAUUUGGGAGUUAUUUGGCUUGUCGACUGUGGUCUAUCGCAAUCUGUGGUCUAUUGCUGGUUGCUGCUUGCUGUACUGCUUGCUCCUUCCUGUGCUGCUUGCCGCUGUGCUGCUUGUUGCUCCUUGCUUGCUGCUGUCGCUGGUGCUGCUUGCUGCUUGCUGCUGCUGCUGGUUGCUGCUGCUGCUGCUGCUGCUGGUUGCUGCUGCUGCUGCUGCUGCUCACUGCUCGCUGCUGGUGUUUCGUGGUUGCUGCUGCUGCUGUUACUGCUGCUUCUCCUACUAGUAAGACUUCGAUUACCUUGGUGUUCGUGCACUCCAGUGAUACUUCCCCCUCAGGUGGACGAGCGCAUGUUCCGUGCCGUGGAGCGGCGGGCGGUCGAGGCCACUCGGGCCGUGGACGGUACGAGACCGGCCGUGCAAAGCAGCGACGGUGGCAGCGCCUUGGGCAACUCCUUUGGUGCGGAGGCGCUGCAGAGCGCUGAGGCUUUGCAAGUGGCAGGACGCAAACGAAGAGAAUCAGAAUCUGGCGACGAUGUGCAACUAAUUGGAGCGCCUCACUCUAAGCGUCCAUUUGCUUGGGCAAAA